AUGUCUUUUCAAAACAAUGACCAAGAAUUAUCUUCUUCAAGACAGAGAGCGAAUUCCAGAAGCUCAGCGCCGCAACGUCAUCCUUCAGUUACCAGUUCACAAAGGACACCAUCAAUAAUCUCUGCUAGAAACUAUUCUGGCGAUAAGUUCAUGCCAAUAGCUAACUCAAUUGAAGCCUCCGUUACAAAACUACUGGUGAUUACAAAACAGUUGUUAGAAAGCUUAACAAGGUGGAGCAAAGGGCUUGCAGGAGCCGACGAUGUCUCAUCUAUUUAUGUCCGUCUUGUUGCAGAAUUCAACAUUACUAUAAAAAUUUUUAAAGAAGUGGGAAUAGAAAGUUUAGACCUGGAUGAUUUUCCCCUUGAAUUACGUUCUAUUCUUGAAGAAACACUAGCUGAAAAUCCUUCAACGGAUUCCCUUCAAGCUCAUCUUCCACAUGUCCGAGAGAUUAUCAUACAUCUUCUCAAAAGCUUAAAAUAUAAGCAGUCUCUAUAUAAAUCACGAUAUUUGAGACCUCGAAAGGAGUCCCAGGCAAGUCGAGAGUCGACGGAAGAAAAUACUCAAAGGAGAGAAAUUAAUGAGUAUAAUUUCAUUAAUAAAAGCUUAAAUUCUGAAAAAAGCUCUCUAAACCCUCUAGCUUUUUCUGAUACGCCUCAUGCUUUAGACGCUCUUAAGCAAUCAUCCUCUCUUGAACGACGAGCUAGUAAACGCUUUUCUAAGAUGAAUAAAAAUACUCAACAAGGAUUAAAUGAUACUAUUCAGAAAAACGAGGUAACGGUUGAAUCUGUGCGUGAUUUAUUGAACGACUCGCAAGUAGCAGACUACAAGCCCCCGAAUUCUUCAGUCAGUAACCCAACAAUAGAACCUCGUUCUGUAACCUUAGGCCCUUUUUUUGAAGAAACUGGUUGGAACGAUCUCAAUAAAGGUCGAAACCUUAACAGAGGGUCUUCCCGGUCUAAUUCAAUGAAAUUAGAUAGGCAAUCUUUUUCUCCUUCUUACCCUAGUCAACGUAAUUAUAACUCUUAUGAAAUGAAUAAUCUAAAUACCCCCAUUUCGCCGAAAAAGGAUCAACGAUCCCCUCAAAGAUCUAUGACAACCUCUUCUGCAACGAGGUCUUUUUCUUCCGGUAAAACUGCUUCUCCCAACUUUUUACCUUCUGGUACUCCUGUAUUAUUACCGAGAGGCCGUUCAUUCACUUCCCCAAUUCCGAAUGAAGCAUCUACAAGUUUAGGAUCGAGAUUUGAAAAUUCGCAGGAAAUAAGAAGGCCUUCACAAGAAGUGGAAUCUUUUGAGGAAUACAACAAAGUCGAGAAAGAGAGCGACAGAGAUUUACACGAUUUACAACAAAGUAAACGAGUAUCUGAGAAGAGUAAUUUUGAACCGAAUAGAGAAUCAACUCGGGUUCGAGAAAAUAAAGAAACUGAGGAUCAGCUUAAAAUAGGAGACGCUGAGACAAAAGAAUCCAUUUCUUCUGGGUUAAACGCUGAAAUAUCAAUCAAUGAAAUGUAUCAAAGCAAAAAAAACGAUUCACUUGAAGAACUGGAUCGUUUGGUUAGAAACAAUAGUACACUAUUGCCAAAGGAUAAGGACGAAACAACAUCCAAUAAUGAAGAAAAGCACGAUAGUGAUUACACUUCUGGUGAUGAACGGCCGUCCCCAUCUGGCAUUGUUGAACUUGCAGACGAUAACUCGCAAACGCCAAAGGAGGUUCAGAAUUUUGCUAACGUCAAGGAUGAACCUUGGGAUAAGAAAGGGGAAGUUAAGGGAGAGUUUGAACAAGCUCACAGGAAUUUCGUUUAUUUCUUAAAACUAAACAACAGGACCCGUAAAGCGAUUUCUCCUUUUGCAGUUGAUACCCAGGAGAAAUUACAAGCCCUUUUUCAGUCUAAAUUUGAGAAUGAAUUCGAAGAUGUCCCCUUUGAAUUUUACAUUGAAGACUACGAUACUAAAGUGAAUUAUUUAUUAGAAGACUACUCAGACAUGAAGUUUAAAUCAUUAAUUAUUGCUCAGAAACAAUUAAAAGUCCCAGAAGAAUCACCGGUUGACAAUGUUGAAGCUGUAGGCGAAGCCACUCGGCCUUAUGAAAUCUUUUCAAAAGACGAUGGAAUAAAUAAUUCUUCUAUAUUUGAGGAAAUACUUCAACGGCUGAAUGUUAUAGAAAGGAAGUUAGGCAGUGAGCAUAUUACAAAUGCAACAAUCCAGUCUUCCUCUGCUUCCAAAACCGCUAAAAGUGAUAAAGUAGUGACAAAUGCUACGAAUUAUCAACAAGUAAAAAACAUGCAAUUAGAUUUAGCUUCUUUAAAGCAAGUGUUUGCUGCAUCUUUCACGAAAAUUCCGUUACAACUGAAUGAAUUUAGAAAACAGAUGGGUAUAAUUAAUGAGAAGGCCUCUGGAUUUGGAUUUGACCGUGGAUAUAUCUUGAAAAGCAAAGAUACCAUUGAAGCUGUUGCUAAAUCAUUAGUUGAAAGGUUCGAUGACAUUAAUGAUCAAAUUGAGCUCUUGAGGUCUGACGUUUUGCUUCGAAAAGUCCGCCCUGGUUUGGAUCAAAUUUCUUAUUUGGUUAAGGAAAAGGAAUCCAUUGAAAGUAGUAUUCAUGAAUUGCAAAAAGCAAUAGAAGAAGUAACACCGACAUGGAAAAAGCAAUGGGAAAAAGAGUUGAAUGCCAUUGUGCAAGAGCAAGAGUUUUUGGAUAAUCAUACGAACCUUAUAACCGAUUUGAACAAAGAUUUAGACUCGAUUACGACUGUUUUAUCAAAUGUUUCUGCCAUCGCCGAGCUUCAAGCAAAGUCUUCUAUAAAAAGCAAGCCUUUAGCCGUGAAGCCCUCUGCAGGAGACAUGAAAGAAAUUCGUGAAAAGAUUCACAUGGAUGUUUUAAAGUUGAGGCCUGAUAGCGAUGUCAGACUUCAGGCUAUUGAACGUUUUGAAGCCUUCCAACGAAAGAAAGUUCUAUUUCAUGAAGAUGAGUUCGCAAAAGAACUAAAAGAGUUUAUUAAAGAUGAUAAUUUACGAAAUAUUGGUGGUGUUGAAGAAGUUGAACGCCGUCGCUCAGUACAAGAUGAGCAAAAUCGGAAAAUUUUAUGGAAGGACGCCUUUAACAAUACGGAGAAGAUUUCUAUUACCUCCACAGAAGAAGAGAAGCGAAGAGGAAAGGAUGAAAACUCACCUACUGAUGUUCACUUGGGUAUUCUAGAUCCUUCUCAAAUAAACACGGCGUAUAAUUAUGUCUCAAAUGGGUUACAAGAUAAUACAGAAAACAGUGCUGGUGUUGUUUUACCGCCGACCACAACUCUUUCUGGUCCCAAUAACGCUGAAGAGGUAGAUGUAUUAAACGAGAAGGAAAAUGAUCCUUCUCAAAUAGAUAAUGAGCACGAUGGAGUCUCAAGUGAAUUACCGGAAAACGUAGAAAAUAGAAGUGAUGUUGUUUUACCAGCGACUACAACUCUUUCUAAUCCCAAUAACGCUGAAGAGAAAGGUACGUUGAACGAGAAGGAAGAUAUUGCCAGGGUUGGACAUCAUCGCAGAAACGAUACCCUUUCGACAGACGACUACGAAGCGUUUCAGGAUGCUGAAGAUGAGAAUAAUUCGUUAACAUAA